GACGCUCUUUCGUAACAGUCGACGAGCACAUCCACUCCCGGUAUGAUGAUCCGUGACUACCUGAUGCUACUCUCGUGGCUGUGCGCAGUACAAGGGAAAAUAGGGUAUUUCUGGCACAUCACCGACAUCCACUAUGAUCCGAAGUAUCCCACCCAGGGUAACGCAGGCAGCAUGUGCUGGAACACGAGGAACAGCGACGACAGCAGUAGAAGCAGGUUGGACAGAAAGAUGCUGGGAAAGUUCGGCGACUAUAGCUGCGAAUCACCGUGGUCCUUGAUCGAAUCAGCGGCAAGGGCAAUGAGAUCGCAUCGCGGCGAAGGAAUCGAAUUUGUCCUCUGGACGGGUGACGCGCUGACGCGCACUGCUGGCAUGAACGCGGAACUGCGUCUGCAGUGUUUGAGGAAUUUGACCGAUCUGUUGUCCCGCACGUUUAAGGAACAAUUUGUGUUUCCGGCGCUCGGACACGAGGACCUAGGAGUAAGCUUCUCCCAGCUGGCCGUGCUCUGGCAGCAAUGGCUGCCGCAGGAGGCUUUGGACACGUUUCAAACCGCCGGAUAUUACACGAUAGAGCAACGCUCGGAAAAGUAUCGAAUCAUCUUCCUCAACACAAAUUUGUGGCUGAACGUAGUCGACAACCGCAUGCUGCAUCGCUCGGGAGCCACUACGAUCGAUAACACGCAAGAUCCUUUCGGUCAAUGGUCUUGGUUCCAGUCGACCCUCGACAAUGCACGAAGGAAGAAGGAAACGGUCUACAUCGUGGGUCACACACCACCAGGAGUAGACGAUCGAGAGAGUGGCGCCGUGGCGCUAAGGGAAAUACACAACACCAGGUACCUUCAAAUGGUCCGUCUCUACUCGGACAUUAUCCGCGGCCAGUUCUUCGGUCACUGGCACUCCGAUACAUUCCGCGUGGUUUACAGCGACACGGGUCUGCCAGUAUCUUGGAUAAUGAUGGCACCCAGUAUAUCGCCGAGCACGCCCGGAGGGCCCAACAAUCCAGGUUUGAGACUGUACAAAUUCGAAACUAAUACCGGCCAGGUCCUGGAUUAUACGCAGUACUAUCUUAAUCUGGUGGAUGCGAAUUCAAAUGGGACGGCUAACUGGUCGGUCGAGUACUCUCUGCUCGACUACUACCCGCUUCGGGAAAUAACGGCGAUCAGUCUUCACGACUUGGCCGACCGAUUCACGCAACCCAAUGAUAACGCGUUCUCCAGAUACUAUAAGGCGAACACGGUCUCCCUGCCGCGCGAGAUGGCGCAGAUUUGGGGCUGCGGUGGAGCAUUGAGCGGAGCCUGCGCCCUCCAUCAUUACUGCACCGUCACACGGCUGAACCCAGAGUCCUACAAGGAGUGUUACUCGUCCUAUGCCUACGCGCUGGCAUCUACAGGAUCGUCCACCACGCCGAUGUACUUCACGCUUCAUCUGCUCGUCCUUCUAGUCUGCGCGGAGCUAUUUCGGUAUAACCGGUAGGUUACCGCGCGCGCGGAUGUCGAAACGCCAAGACAGCUG